GGAAAAUUGGUGCUCCAGCAAGGGUUGCGAAAGUCGACGAAACGUCCGAAAAAGCAGGGCCGACGAAGCGCAGAAAAUCCGCCAAGGAUAAGCGUGCGUGCGAGAUACAGAGAAAAGGGUUGGAUUAGCGAGUGCCGGGCGCUGGGAACGAGUUGUUGGGCCGUGCGUGGAGUGUAGCGGUGGUGUGAGUGUGUGUACGUGCGUGUAUGCACGGAAGCGGAAGUGAAUAGUUGCAAAGGUGUGCGUUCGUGCUCGAGUGUGUGGGUGCGUGUGCGGUCACUAUCGAUCGCCAGUAAUAGCGACGGACGGAGUAGUUCGAUCGUAACCAGGGGAAGCGGGAGUGUCCGCGUCCGAAAGCCCUACAACUCCACUGCCAACCAAUCCCCGAGCACCGAGCGUGUUGAGCAACAGCAACAACAGCAGCAACCAUGGCCGACAAAAAGGUAGCAGAACAGUACUAUGCCCCGCCGCCCAAGCUGGGCAAAUGGGAAGGAUUUAGGACGUUCCUGUGGAACAGCGAAACCAGCCAAUGCCUUGGCCGUACCGGAUCUAGCUGGGCAAAGAUCCUGUUCUUCUAUGUGUGCUUCUAUGCCGCCCUGGUCGGGUUCUUCGCCGCGAUGCUGGCUGUCUUCUGGCAGACGCUGGACAUGCAGAUGCCUAAAUUUCAGCUGGACAGUUCGUUGAUCGGCUCGAAUCCAGGAUUGGGCUUCCGACCGACGCCACCGGAAUACGGCAACGUGGAGAGCACGUUAAUCUGGUACAAAGCGUCCGAUAAUGGCAACGUCGGAAUCUGGACCAAGCUGAUCGACGAGUACUUGAAGCCUUACUCGCAGCCGGAGGAUAAUCGUGUGGAUUGCUCGUUCAAAAAUCCACCACCGGAGGGCAAGGUGUGCAAAGUUCCUUUGGACGAACUGGGCCGAUGCACGAAGGAAAACCAGUACAGCUUCAAGGCGAAGAAACCGUGCAUAUUCUUGAAGCUGAACAAGAUCUUCAACUGGGUACCGGAUGUGUACAAUACCUCCACCAACCUGCCGGAAAAAAUGCCCCAAGACCUCAAGGAGCACAUCAAGGCCAAGGAGGUUAGUAAGGAAACCGACAUGGUAUGGGUUUCCUGCGGUGGCGAAAAUCCUGCCGACAAUGAGCACAUCGGUGCAAUCCAGUACUACCCGCGGCGUGGAUUCCCUGCUUACUACUUCCCGUACAAGAACAUCGAUGGAUAUCUGCCGCCCGUGGUAGCGGUCUAUUUCGAAGAACCAAAGACUGGUGUUCUCAUCAACAUCGAGUGCCGAGCCUGGGCCCGCAACAUCCACUACGAUCGAGCUGAGCGAAGAGGGUCCGUUCACUUCGAGCUGAUGAUCGAUUAAAUCGUUGGCUAGGAGUUGCCAUUUUAAAAACCGUUUUCCGGUGCGUAAAACGUGUUAUCAUCGUUAAAGGCGGGUGGUGAGCGAAGAGAACGAAAGAACAUCAGGCAGGCAGAAGCGAAAGGGGGGAGGGCAGGGGUAGAGUACGGUUAAACACAAGCAAAACAACAUAACAAGAGUGGAUGGAAAAACGGGGCACCAUUGAUUCGAGGUUCGAAUAAGUUGGCGCGCCCGUUUAGGCGUUAAAGGUGGACAGGCAGAUCAUCAUGCUGUUGUGCGCAAACAUUUAGUGCACCGAAAACAGACAGCCAGCAGUAGUUGGUAGGCGUACCGACAUUAGAUGGUACCGGCUAAACGCAAGAAAGGAGCAAGCAGAAGGUUUAAAAAAAAUAAACAAACGAGGAACAAAAUAGCGAAAGCAGCUGCUCGCAAGUGAUCCACGCCGAAGCAAGGCGCGGAAAAAAUCAACAGCAUAUAAACACACAUUGUAGUAGGAGUAAGGCGUAAUGUUUGAAUCAUUUGGCUAGGCAUUUUAUACUUUUUCCGUACCGUCAGCGAUUGGUUGGGAAAGAUUGUUGUAUGAUUUUGUUAUUGCAAUAGUAUACACAUUACUAACCACGACACAAAAAAAAAAAGAAUAAAGGAAGUAAAAACGCAAAACCAGAGGCAAGUGUAAGACCAUCGUUAGUACUGUAGGUCACGAGCUGUACAGCUAAAUGGCAACCUGGACACGUUCUGUUCGCCCGCCGAAGAAUCCCCCCGGGGGUUAGAUGGGGCGCUCGGGUGCGUUCUUUUUUUUUCUAGGGUCAACCGCUAGGUAUAUCUAGGUACCGCUACUCUACGUAUAACUUCACCUACUAAUAGCAUAGUAUGAUCUCUGGCAAGAAACGCUGAACCGCUGGCAGAAAGUAAAGAAGAGUGGCUAAUAAAGAAGAAAAACACAAGAAAACAUAGCAUGAAUACGAUGGCGAAAGGAUGUUUCCAAGGGUUCCCGUUUCCCGACGCUAUCGAUUCGAGUCACUGUCGAUUCGCUGCUUCAGCCCGGAAUAGUCUGCAAAUUGUAGCGCUAGUGUGUGGCAGUGUUGAUCAUUGAGCAAAUCCCCCGUACACGAAGGCCUCAACACCGUCGUUACGGUGGAUAUCGUAUCACAUUCAUGUUUUCUUCGUUACGAUUCGUUGCGCGGACGCGGUGGUUGGCUGGUUCGUCGUUACCUUCAUACCGGUUAAGCUAACUUGUGCAGCAAUUGUACGAUGCAUUAGCCUACCGUGAAGACGCAGAAAUAAGAAGAAGAAUAAAGAAUAAAAAAAAACAGAUCAAACAAACAAUUAAAUUCACUUUGAUGGGUAAACAAAACCACGCGCUAUCGAUAUUAGAAGAGCCCGCAAGCCGUAGCCGUAGAGUAAAUGGCGAGUGCAGAAGAGUGUGCUGAAAACAGCAGAACAUUGUUCAACAGAGCACACGCCCAUUGCCCAUUGUUUGUGAGUGUUUGUGUGUGCCGUGUUCACACACAAACAGUUCUUCUGCGCGAGACCAGCAUGCAAACAAGCAACAUAAAAUUAAAACAAGUAAUAAACCUAAGCAAAGUAAAACCGUAGCGAUGAUGAAUACCGUAGUAAAACCGAAGUGAGAAAAGAGAAAAUAAAACAAUAUGCAACACAUGAAAGCAAACAAACAGCAAACAGAAGAAUAAUUAAACAACUUUAAGAGGGCCUCUUUCUAUUCUUACCACUCACUGCCCAUGAAUAAGUUAAAAAAAGAUGCAACACAUUAAAUUAAUAAAAAAAAACACACACACACACACAAAAGAAGACAAAAUCAUGCAAACAGGCAGUCACGUAAACGAUAACCACACAUAAACAGACACACAAAAACACACGGAAAUCAGCAUAAAUGUAAGCGCGGCUUGCCGAAGCGAAGGGAGGUUUGUAGAGAAGUUAAUGGUAGUAGAUAAAAUAAAGAGAUGAAAAACAAAACGCAAACUAUUCAGCAAACACAAGAUAAAUAAAAUCCCAAAAUCCCAUACAGAAAAUGAAGCAACACAAACCAUGUUAUAAAUAAAAGUGUAUAACUAUGAUCCGGACGUUGCGGCCCGGUGUUGGGGGUGGGUGAAAUUUCACUUAUUGUAUAAACAAUGGAAGCAAAGAAAUGCAACCGAAGCAGAAAACAAACAGCAAGAACACCGCAAAACAAUACCAAGCGGCAGCGGGAGGUAAAAGAAGGAAGUGAAUUAAACUGUAAAAUCAUAGAACUCUAACUACUACUAGCGAAGAAAGAUCCAGCCGUGUGGGGGUUGCGUUGUAGAGGACAAAACAAUAAAUCCACUUUGAAAGGAAACAGUGGAAACACAUACAAACAAAUACACAUACACACACAUAUGUAACGCUUCAUCAUUCACCGAUUGGAUGGUGAAGGUGUCCGUUUCCAAAUGCGUUCGUUGGUGGAAUUGGCCGGUGUGUUAUCGUGGGUGGGUUGGUUGAUGCUGAUUUGAGCGAACGUUGUUGAUGAUGUUUAUUAUUGUGAAGCCUCGUGGAUGGGCCGGCAGAGGCACAUGUUGUGCGUUGUAGCGAAAAUUCGAUGUUGGCAAAAUAGGGAAAGUCCUGGCAAGUUCUGGCCCGGUGCCUGUUUUGUUGCAACUCACCAGUUUGUUUCUCAUCUUCAAUCUCUGCCCAGCUAAUACGAGGGACACGUUUUGUUCUCUUUACUGGAUAAACCACCGGUUUCUGGAAACGGUACACAGAACCCUGGUGGAAGCUAUGUUGUGUGGCUUGAAGCAUAAAACUUGCACGUAUAAACCGAUGAACCUUUCACGCAGUUGGCACUGGUAGGAGUAGAGCCAACAUUGCAACUCAAGAUUGUUGAUUGGAAUGCUUAAAGGGCACCAGCGCUUUUCGGCACGCAAUUGUUUGGCAGUGAUCGUAUAGUAGGUCGCAUCGUAGGUCGUCUACUUGGGGGUUUCUUUUAUAAUCCACAAAUUGUAUUCUUGACAGUUCAAUAAAAAGAAAAACCUGCCUAGAACGUAACCAAUCGGAAAGUGUGUCUGUGAAGUUGAGAUAAUUCACUCACUCGUCGCUCCAGCAUCAGUAGUACGGCGUGCGCCCUGUGUUCAGUGUCUAGCCCGAAUGGGGUAUUUUGAAGCGUUCGAACUUACCGUAAGCAUGUAGCGUAUUAAUGAAAUAAAUGCACCCUCUGAAACUGUCGGUCUCUGUUGAACGAACGAAAGAAACACUCGCCCGCAGGCCGGACAGAGGGCUGGACGGGUCGAGGUACUUAUUUAACGUGCGUAAGCAUACCGCCACCCACAUAUGACCCACGGAGACACACACACGCACCCCCUCCCCGGUAACCCACCAGCGUAAGGUGCAUGGUGCAUAAGAUGCGUUUUGGAGAGGCAACGGUGAACGUUGGGCAAGUGGCGUACAAUAGCGUAAUAUACCUUUUUGGAGCUUAGGGCAUCUGUAGGAAUUACGAGUUAUAAGUAUUUUUUUAAGGUAUAAACUAUUAACAAAGAAAAUUCGAACGAUCGGGAAGCAGCGUGGAAACACACACCUACACACACACACACAAACAAAGACAACACACAGCCACAUCCCCACGAGGCAGGCGAAGUUCCCUUUGGCGGCCGGGUUAGGUAGAUCACUAUUAUUAUCCCCGCAUGGUGCGGCAGGACCCUCGAAAACCACCACGGCAGCGUGGGUUAAGCUUAAAGAAUUAUUUAUUGAUAGGAUAGAGUUUAUCAGCUCGUACCUUGUUAAGUUUUUCCCCCCAUUCUUGUGUGGCAUAAAUUGUAUUGCUGUUUCGCUCGUGUCGUCAUCAUCGUUGUCGUCGUCGUUCGUGAUUCGAUUUUUCGCGACACGCAUACGUAGGCAUGGUUUUUUUUUUUUUAAUUUUGUUACAUCGGUGUGACUAGGAACCCCUUUUCGGUUCCUUGUCCCUUUUUGUUGGAGCUUUAAUGGUUUGAUGCACUCCUCCAAGCCGUUCUGUUUCUUCCCGUGUCUCCCGCCGAGCAUGGGACCGGAAAGUUAAAGAGAUCCUUCCGAUUCUGUUCGGAGGUUGCCGUCGAAGUAGGCAAGGGACAGGACCGCAGGUGCUGACGGUGCUGCGUGUGGCGGAGGAAGGGUGUAGCAGAGAAAGGAUUAAAAGAAUUGCAAUGCAAAAACCCUAAAACAGAAUAUAGCGCUAAAUUUUAAUUACAACUUAACGUUACAAAUGGUAAACCGACGCAGGAGUAAAUAGGAAUCUCUAGCUUAGUGGAAGAGAGACAGAGAGAUGCUGAAACAGAAAAAAAAUCUAUUGUUAGUCGAGAAUAUUUACUAGGAUACCGAUGAGUUGAUGGCAUAAGAAAUACACACAAACAUCCUACAAAACAAAUAAACACAGCUACACGCAAACAUACCGACACAGAUGAUCAUGAAUGAAAAAUCCUUCUAGUUAUUAAAGAAAAAAACAUGUCGUUGAAUAAAAAACUUAAGUAACAAGUAAACAACAAAAAACCACACCCACACAAACACAAACCAUUGGAUAAAACAACACAUAAACACCGUAAAAAGAAACACUCCACCAGCUCAGUGCGCUAAACGCUCCACGUUUGACUCACGCAAUAGCCACACACGCCCAUACAUACACACCACCACACACAAUCACACAGCAAGUACACUCUAGUUUAAAUACCUGUCGCAGGGUAGUGUCGCUUUUCGAGAUCUGAAAGAUGUGAAACCAAUCACGCAAAACGAGCAGACAUGUUUUGCAACAAGUAACAAAAGAAAAAACAACAGAAGCACAGAAAACAAAGAAAAAACCAACAAACAAGUAACAAAGCAAACACCCAAAAUACAACAUUACUUAAUACUAUAAACUAUAAAAACAAACAAAAAGCCCAAUAAAUGCAAAAGAAAAUUAGAAAUUCGAAGAAAGAUGAACAAAUAAUAAAAACAAACAAAAAGAAAAAAAAACACACACACACACACACGAAACGAAAAUCCAAACGCUUUCAGCGAGAGGCGUUUGUGCUGCAGCUUUUAGUUUCUAA